AGUCAACAUUGACCUUUUGACGGAAUUUUUAAGUAAGUUUAUUCCAAAGUUUAGCACUACUAAACAAAUUGCCAUAAAGCAUUGGCGAAUGUAAAUUUGUCUAAGAAAGGAGAUACAACGCCCUGCAUGAAUUAAGAGAUCAGUUUGGAAACGCUGAUUCAGAGCCGAGAGGUCCUUCUGUGAUCGCUUCCCGGUUUGUUUCACUUUCACAGCUGAGGGAGCAGCCGACAGGGAGCCAGCUGUCUCUGGGAGAAAGAGAGAGAGCAAGGAAAAAAAUGAGGCGAACGUGCCUGAUGUUGCUGGUGUUGUGUUUUCUGGUUGGGAUAAAUGCCCAUCAAUCCACCCAAGAGGAGAGGAAUGCUGUUCAAAAUAGUUUAUCAACUGACAAUAUUUCAGGUUCAGUACAGCGAUGGCCCAUGAAACGACGUUUCCGAAGGGACGAUAGUUGUUCACCUAGUUUACCAUCGAAUUGCAGCAAAUGUAAGGCAGGUACUUAUCUGUCACAUUGCAAUUGUACUUGUAAGGAGUGUCGAGUGGGUGAAUUUACAGAUAGUGAAAAUCACUUGCCUGAAUGUAGGCGAUGUCUGCAAUGCCAGGAGCAUGAUGGUAAGAAAACGAAAACCAACUGUACCACAACCCAUGACACAGUAUGCAGUUGUUUGGAAAAUUUCUUCAGCACAACCAAUGGAAACGAAUGCCGCAAGUGUGCAGAGUGCAACGCAGAAACUGAUGAGAUUGAACAACCCUGUACAGAAACACAGGACACAGUCUGCAGGAAAAAAGUUGGCACAUCAGUGCACCCUGCUGCCGUAGUGAUCCCAAUUUUAUUAGUACUUGGAGGAAUUGCUGGAAUUGUUGGAUAUUUGUGCAAGAAAAAGAAAUACUGUCGAGGCAAUAACCCACCAAGCUCUCAGAUACUGUCAGUGAAAAUUGGUAAAGAAAUGUCUGAGCAACUGGAGGUACCAGGUACUGUGUGCAGUCCACUGAUCUGUGCAGAAACUUUUGUCCUAGUUUGGUUCUUCUUCAGUGAUAUCCUUUAUAGCAUUUUAAAUAAUCACACAGAGAUAUACAUUGUGCUUACCGAGGAGCAUUUACAAAUGAUAGUGAUGGAAGUGGAACCGAAAAUAUACCAUCAACUUGGGAUAAGCUUAAGGCUUACUGAACCUACGCUACAGCAGAUUGGAGCUGAUUACCAUGACAAUAUAAAGCAACAGGGUUAUCAUAUACUGUAUUCCUGGCUCCAGACUCAUGGAAAGAAAGGUGGUCUUGGCAAACAGAGCAUUGGAGAUCCAGGUGCUGGCAUUCAGAUGAAAAUGAACCUGCAGAUGACACCAAGAGAUGUCUGGAAGGAACUGGAGGCAGAGAAAUCCGGGUCUAUUAUCCCUUGUUGGGCCCUGGUGAUGUGGUUACCUGGUGAGGCCUGGUUGCAAGAGGCUGCAGAAGUCUGCAAUGAUCUGAUGUGA